UCAUACAAUUUUUUUUCUGUAUGAAGCUUAUGUUUAGAAAAUAUUUAAUUUUCUAAAUAAAAUGCCGAAAAAUAUUACAAAUGAAGUACGUGAAAUAAUUUUAAAAGUCAAAGAGUUUAUGGACGAGGAAAAACGGAUGCAAGUACCAAUAAUACCGCUCAGCAAAGUAUACGUAAGGGUGUCUGCUGCCACAGGUGUAUCAGAAAGAACAGUGCUUAAUAUAGUGAAAGAAGCCAGGCUAGUAGAGCAAGGAUUAUUAGAUCCUGAUACAUUCAAGAGGGCACCUAAGAAAAGAGUUCGAACCAAAGGAAAAAUAGAAGUUGAUGAAUAUGAUUUGCAAGUUAUCAGACGAAAGAUUCAUGAGUUUUAUGCAUUCAAAAAAGAAGUGCCAACUAUAAAUAAACUUUUACAAAUCUUGAAAGAGGAAAUAAACUUCAAAGGUUCGAGAGAAACACUAAGAAAAAUCCUUCGUAAAAAUGGGUUUCAAUUCAGAAAAACAAAAAAUAAUAAAGAGAAAGAGCAUGCACCAGAAUCAACCUCAUCUGUCCCUCCGAUGGUUACACCAUAUAUUCACUCCAUGUUCAAUCAUAAAAAUAUUCAGUAAUAAAUCUUACUUUAUUUAGGUUGAUAAGAAAUUAAUGUUAGGUGUUAUCCUCCAGUAACAAUUUGUGUGCAUACAAAUAAGAAUUAGCUUUUUAAUCUGCUAGGAUUCCCAAUUUUAUAAUCAGGGCUGAUCAGUAUUUUAAUUUAAACCAUUUUUGGCAGGUUACAAGUUUAUAUGGUUUCACAACAUAUUAUUAUAAAUAAGAGUCCCCCAUUGCUCUGCGUUUGUGUGGGUUGAAGCUAAUCUCACAGAUUUUCAACAAUAUUAAGAUUAAUAUGGAGAUUUUUUUAAGGUGAUAUAAUAUAAGCCAGAACAUUUACGAAAAUGAUCUACCAGUGUGAUGAUUAUUGUGAAUUAAGCCAUAAAAAAUCAUCACAGUGGAAAGCCUUGGCCUAAAAUUUGAGAAUGGAGAAACUAUUGUCAAGAUUUAAUGUCUGUAGGCCAUUCAUUAGUGAAGUAAUUUAUACUUGGCCGUGCAGUGUUCAGAGAAAUAUGUAAUUAUGUGAUCUGCAACAACUAGGCACAGCAUGUGUAAGUUUGUAGUAUAAUAUUAUAGUGAUCUAUCUAGACAUUGUUUAGGUGUGGGACUUACCUUAGGUUGUUUUGUGAAUUUUGUCAAAUUGUUCUGUAGUUAUUGUAAAUACUAUGGGUCUAGCGCUUGACUGAGAUGGUUCAUAGGGUAGAGUUCGGGUUGCAAAAGCGUGACGAUGUCAUAGCCCCCGCUCCUGCCGCGCCCACAGCUAUCGAUGAAGCUGGGGACUAACAUAUAAGAUAUAUAUUGUAACCUAUAUUGAUGAUUGUAACAGACAAUGUGAAGGUUUUAGGAAGCAUUUUUUCUGUACUUGACAAUACCAUGUCCAUCGUAUCUCAUCACUCAUCAGCUAAACUGAUUUCUGUGGAUAAGGAUGUGGUUGUGUUAUUUGUUUCUCACAAAACGUCAAUUUGUAUUUGUACAGAAUUAUUGCAAUUAUUUACUUGCAUUUUGUAUUUUGGUUCCUAUUCAAGCAUUUAAAUUAACCACUUUUUGGAUGUUUUCAAAGAUGGCGAUAUGUGACCAAUACUGUUGACUAAAUAAAAAAGUAAAAGUGUGACAGAAUAAUGUAUGUGUAAUAGGAAUUUUAGAUUUGUUAACCUGUUUGUA